AGGACCUCGGAAGUUCUAAAUAUAGAAAUGAGAUGUAUCCACGAUAUAAUCCACUAUACAUGCGGAGUAGAGAGUAGUGAGUGAGUGAACGAUUUCGGACACAGCCAUAGUUAUAUAAACAACCAGCGUACUAUUUCAAACGCUGAUUGGAUAUGGACGAGUGACGUCACGGUACUCGUCAAUGUAGUAACGCCCCCUCAAAGUUUGCUUUCCUGUUUGCAGUAGCGUCAGUGUGGCUUUCGGUUACGGUAGUCAACAACGUCUUUCUUUCAUACCGUGCGACAAUCUGUUCUAUCUAACCAUUCAGCUGUGCAACUUUGCGUUUUUUGGUGAUAAGCAGCUGGGUGGAUGGAGUCAGCUGGAGUCACACAUGGGCCCAGAACUCAUUCAGCAGCAGCAGAAUAACAAAAGUCCAGACUUGUUCGCACAGGCUAACAAAUACAUUUCUGUUCAAGAACCGUCUGCAAAGAGGCAAGACAACAGCGCCAUAAAGAGACUAAACAACCUCGGAGAGGAGCUAAUCAUGCUGAAGAUCCACUAAUCCCGUCCAUAAAGCAGAUCAUGAGUGGCGCUUCCGGCAGCAUGGUCUUCAGGCACACCGCUAAACUGUGCAUGCACAGGAAAGAGAAGCACAGCUUAAAAUCAUAUAGGGAGACGUCGUCAGUGAGCGAGACGCAGCCGACAGCAGGCAAGCGCAGGCGAAAAAAUGCGUAUCCAUGCAGAAUAUGCGGCAAACUCUUCCUCCAUCAUCUGUCUCUAAAUGCACACUACACUGCGACUUCGUGUCUCAGUGCAAUCAAAAAAGCUCAGGCCACAGGAAACGACAGCAACUUACCAGACCACAGACCAAACGAUAAAGUAAAAGCCAGCCUGGCACAGGGCAAGACUUUACGGAAUGGUCCCGGGAGGCCCAGGCAGGAGGAGGACGAGGAGGACCUAGUAGAAGCUGAAGGAGAGUUCCCGUGCCCCUCCUGCACUGAGGUUUUUUCCCUGCAGUCGCAGCUGAGGGACCACGUGGAGCUCCACAAUGCAUCCAUGGUAAGCAGAGAGUGCAGUGUGUGCACGGAGGAGAUGGACACCUUUGAGCGGCCAGCGUCAAGGAGGCAGCGCUUCUACCACUGUGUGCCCUGUCAGGAGGGCUUCUCAGCACUGGACUCCUUCCUAGAGCACUGUCAGGAGCACCUGCAAGCCAGGGAUGAAGAGGAGGAUUGUGCCACGGAGGGCUCCAAACAUCAGGCCAGCAAAGCCUGAGGGCCUCGUUGAAUAUCUUCGGCCUUUUGACUUUUGCGGAUCAAUGAGUGGAAAGGGCUUACAAACACAAUCACUAUAAUUUGUUCCCAAUUUUAUCCACAAUGUUGAGAUUUUCCAAUGAACUUGAAAUUCAUUGUUUUUAUGCAAGGAGACAAUGCAACAUGCUAACAGAAAAAUAUCUAAGCUUGCUCACAGCGUGAAUAUUUUGGUCAAUGUUAACAUUUAAUGAGCCCAUGGUGGACCUUCACUUAGCAAGAUAAAAUUUUGAAAGGUUUUUGUAUCUAUUGAUAAUUUUCAUCAUAAUAGAGUGGAUGUGAAGCUUGACAACAUGGAAGUACACACAUAUGAUAAAAAUUGUGAAACAUAAAUAUAAGUAUUUAUUUUGCUACUAUUUCAGCCGCCAUUGUACAAAAUGCUGGUCGUUGUAUCUAAACAAGGGUUUCUUAAAGGUGUGAGUUUCCCCCAUAAUGACAGGGUGGACUGCAAUUUCAGGGACAAGUGGAAAAUAUUCACUAUGAGUAUGAAAAUAGACAUGAUCAAAAUGACUCAUUUUCUCAAUUACCUUAUGCCCAAUAAAAUAAAAUAAUAGUAUCAUUUAACCACUUAUUACACACAGUGUGGGGGACAUACCGAAAUCACGUACAUCGAUAUGAAACUAAAGAAACAUUUUAAGAGGCUGAUCAUUGCACUGCUGUGUAUGCAAAUGUUUGACCACUGAAAACAUUUUCAUUUUGACUGCGUGAUUGUGACGAGCACACCAUAGGAAGUUUAUAGUGACAUUGACCCAUUAGGUUUAUGUUCUGCUGUUGUUCUAAAGAAAAGUUACUUCGCAUGUUGGAGGUACAGUUAUGGUCACUUACUGGUCCAUGUAUUCCAGAUUUGCGACUGGACAAAAACCUGGAUUCAUGUUUGGUGCAGGUUUAUUUGAAUAUAUACAUGCAUAUCCCAGGUAAAAUGGCACCUGAAUUGUUUACAGUAUUCCAUCUUGUGACCAUUUUCAGUAUUUCUAUCCAAAUGAAUGAAUUCUUUUUAUAGAGCACUCAGUGGUGUAAACCUUUUUUUCUGGCUGUGCAGACUGUCAGUAUGUCUGACCCACCACUUGUGUGAUUUUCCAACUUAACAUUAGUAUGCGACUGCUUCUUCCUAGCUAAUGUUUCCAAACAGCUGCUGUGACAUUAUUUUCCCCACUUUUGCAACUUCUUUUUUUGUACAUUGGUUUGUGGUUCUUUGCUGCAGUCAUUAAACUGCUCUCAGAAAAUGUUGCUUGUCUUCUUAUCUGCUUAAUACUGUACUCUUUGAUUAAUUAUUUCCUUAUGUGAAGAUGAGUUUUAAAUACUUGAAUAAUUUUAGACCUCAAAGGGGAAAUGUGUUAUCCUACUGGGUGACCAUAGAAAAAUAAGGUUCAGACUAAAAAUACUUUGGAUGGAUGG